AUGGGUAAGGACAGAGAUCCCGGAGACCAGACGCGACCAAUGUCGCCGAACCGUGAUCCGAAACUUCAGGCAGCACGAGUGAAGCUGCCCGACGGAAAAAUCAAAGAUUUCGAUUUGCCGCGCGGUUCUGAUGGUGAAGCGUUGUUCCGUCAAGUCACCGCUGACUUGUCGAUCGAGGAAAAAGAGUACUUCUCGUUGUGCUUCUACGACAAGAACGGCGAGCGUCAUUGGUUGUACAACGACAAAAAAAUUCUUCGCCAACUCAAAGGUCUGCCAUGGGAGUUCUCGUUCGAGGUCAAAUUCUAUCCGACCACACCAUCGACACUCGUCGACGAUCACGCGCGCUUCUAUUUGUAUCGUCAACUACGCCGCGACGUCAUCACCGGCACACUGCCGGCGACCGCCGAAUCGUUGGACAUGCUCGCCGCGUUCGUCGCGCAAAUCGAGUACGGCGACGCGCCGUCGAUCGAAAUGACGCCCGAGUACGAGGCGUACAUUGCGAACGCGGGAUUGGUGCCGUCGGAGCACGCCGUUCGCGAGAACUUCCAGAAGAUUGUCGCCUAUCAUCGAGAAUUGAAGGGACGCACUAGCUCGGAAGUCGAAACAAUGUUUUUGGAUCAUUGCAAAUCAUUGGCUCUUUAUGGCAUUCACAUAUUUCCCGCCAAAGACAAGGACAACAAAGAAGUGCAGAUUGGCGUCGGCGCCAUCGGCAUCUACAUAUUCGCCGGCGACGAUCUUCAGCAUCGGUUCGCGUGGCCGAUGAUCAUCAAGAUCAGCUAUCGCAAGAACACGUUCACCGUUCGUCUCAAGGCCGGCGAGCUCGCCAAAAAUGAGGCGAACAUGGUGUACAAACUUCAAGAUUAUCCGCACGCGAAACGCGUCUGGAAGUGCGCCGUCGAGCAUCACACGUUCUUCAGACUCAUUCAGCCCGAGAACAAGCCGAAAGGAACGCUGUUCAGUUUCGGCUCACAGCGUUUCCGCUAUCACGGACGCACACAAUUCCAGACGAAGAUGGCGAGUCAGAUGUUCGAUCGACCGAUCGCUGUUGACAGAUCGCCAUCGGCAAUGUCGCAACCCGUAGAUGCUGGACGCCAAGUGCUCACGCCGCUUCACUACACCGAUACGGAAUUGGAGCAGCGAAAUAUUGAGAAGUAUCGGCGAAGUUUCUCGCCGAAAUCCUACACGCGCUAUCCGUUGGCGGAUUCGGCGUUCACACAAUACUCGCGGCCAUCGACACUUCAUGUCACGACGACGACGGCGGCGACAUCGUGUCGAACGUCUCAACAAUACGACGAGUCGUUGCAGUAUUCGCCGUAUUCGCCGAGUCAAUCAGGUGCCGCCUAUUAUUUGUCGGAGCGCUCCUCGUUGAGAACACCGUCGUCGGCCUACUAUCCGCCGUCCGAGCAGGCGUCGCACUCGUCGGGAUUUCAGAGUCCCACUGACAGCGUCGCUCAGUAUCAGGUGAAUUUGCGUUCGAAGGGCGCCGGCGGCAACGCGCGACGCAAUUUGUUCGGACGAUCGUCGGGAACUUCGCAGGACACCGUUAAACUUGUUUCAUUCCACGAGCCGGUCGAUCCGAUGCAACCGAUUCCGAACACGUAUCCGGAACGCGAGUUGCCGGAGAUACCGAUUCAACGAAUUGUGCAGGUCUAUCACGAGGGACACUACGACCGUUUGGAGCGACGACAACACGAGAUGCCGGCGGGGUUUGGCAUGUACAGCCCGCGGAACGGCGUGACGCACGUUGAGAACCUCGGGCCGAACAACGAAAUGGAUGCGCAACCGAUUCGAUUCUACGUCGACGUGCGACACUCGGGUCAGAGUCGUCGCAAUCCAUUGAAGCGGCGCUCCCAUCCCGGCAAGGAGGACGUCAAGGAAAAAAUUGAUCCCAAGGAUUAUCAAUUCACGAGACCCUCAUCAAAUGAGAGAUUCCACCGCACCGAACUAGCGCGAGAAGUAACUCCAGCCAAUAUCAAACAAUAUACUCAUAUCUAUCACUCUGGAUACUCGUGCUCGACCGAGCCAUCCACUUCAAAUGAGCCUCCAAGGUAUCGAUUGAUUACUCAUGUUAAUCCGCUUGUCGUCAGCCAUACACGAGAUGGCCGCAGUCGCGUCUCAUCAUCCAACGUCAAUGCCACUCUCGCACAGAAAGAGCAAGUGGUUUCCACAACAACACGAAAAGAAUCGCCGGAUUCGGAUCGUCGCUUGCGACUAUCCGCAAGUGUCGACCGAUCAGGAAAUCUAACACAAGAUGAAGAUGAACCAUCAACGAGCAAAGACAUACGAUCGGUUACGAAGAUUAAUAGAAUACCUCCGAGUAGUACGAGUCCAACGAGUAAGCCAUAUCCGAUAUUCCAUGACUAUACAAAGCGAGAAGAUGAUUUGAAAUCAAUGCCACUAGUACUGGAAUCGAGAAUUUCGCCAAAAUCUCGAAGGCAUCUCACCGAACAUGGACUGAAAGCAACUAUGCGGUCUCAGAAGCACAGUCGUAUUGGUAUCGGAAGAAUCCCACAAGACGGAGAUCAAGACAAGAUCGAAAAGUCCAACAUUGCCACCGAAGCUUAUUCGUUCUCAACCGACGUUUACGAUGGGCAACUCGAUGAGAUCAAUCGUCAGGACGAACUUGCCGAAUCACCGAUCACCGAUCAUGCCGCUGUCUACCAUCAUGGCAGAUCGUGGAUCAAGGAUGAACCAGUUGCUCCUUCUCCAAAAGAAAAGAAGACGGUCAUCCACGUCAAGUCGCCCAAGAAGACCAAGGUCGUCGAGCCAGAAGAACCAGAGACCAAGGAAGUUCGACUCACCGCCCGCGUCAAGCCAGAUGAGCCAGAGCCUGAACCAGCUGUUGAGAAGACUCCGAAGAAGAAGGAGACGACCAUGUUCGGAUUCUUCAAGUCUAAGACCACCAAGACCACGGAGACUUCGACUUACCCAGUUGUUCACGAAGCCUACACUGGUCCACUCGACACCACCGAUCGAUCACAAGAUCUUGAGAACAUCCCACUCGAACACCGUUCCUCGAUUCCAGCCUACGUUCCGAAGGAAUACGAGAUCUAUCAGAAGGCUGAACCGAUUGUCCACGAAGAGAAACGCCGAGUCCGACUCAUUGCCCGAAUUCGACAUGACGGCAAACGAAUUCGACAUGACGGCGAUGAAGACGAGAUCGAAAAGUCCAACAUUGCCACCGGAGCUUAUUCGUUCUCAACCGACGCUUACGAUGGACCACUCGAUGAGAUCAAUCGUCAGGACGAACUUGCCGAAUCACCGAUCACCGAUCAUGCCGCUGUCUACCAUCAUGGCAGAUCGUGGAUCAAGGAUGAACCAGUUGCUCCAUCACCAAAGGAGAAGCGGGCCAUCAUCCAUGUCAAGUCGCCCAAGAAGACCAAGGUCGUCGAGCCAGAGGAACCAGAGACCAAGGAAGUUCGACUCAUCGCCCGCGUCAAGCCAGAUGAGCCAGAGCCCGAACCAGCUGUUGAGAAGACUCCGAAGAAGAAGGAGACGACCAAGUUCGGAUUCUUCAAGUCUAAGACCACCAAGACCACGGAGACUUCGACUUACCCAGUUGUUCACGAAGCCUACACUGGUCCACUCGACACCACCGAUCGAUCACAAGAUCUCGAGAACAUCCCACUCGAACACCGUUCCUCGAUUCCAGCCUACGUUCCGAAGGAAUACGAGAUCUAUCAGAAGGCUGAACCGAUUGUCCACGAAGAGAAACGCCGAGUCCGACUCAUUGCCCGAAUUCGACAUGACGGCGAUGAAGACGAGAUCGAAAAGUCCAACAUUGCCACCGGAGCUUAUUCGUUCUCAACCGACGCUUACGAUGGACCACUCGAUGAGAUCAAUCGUCAGGACGAACUUGCCGAAUCACCGAUCACCGAUCAUGCCGCUGUCUACCAUCAUGGCAGAUCGUGGAUCAAGGAUGAACCAGUUGCUCCAUCACCAAAGGAGAAGCGGGCCAUCAUCCAUGUCAAGUCGCCCAAGAAGACCAAGGUCGUCGAGCCAGAGGAACCAGAGACCAAGGAAGUUCGACUCAUCGCCCGCGUCAAGCCAGAUGAGCCAGAGCUUGAACCAGCUGUUGAGAAGACUCCGAAGAAGAAGGAGACGACCAAGUUCGGAUUCUUCAAGUCUAAGACCACCAAGACCACGGAGACUUCGACUUACCCAGUUGUUCACGAAGCCUACACUGGUCCACUCGACACCACCGAUCGAUCACAAGAUCUCGAGAACAUCCCACUCGAACACCGUUCCUCGAUUCCAGCCUACGUUCCGAAGGAAUACGAGAUCUAUCAGAAGGCUGAACCGAUUGUCCACGAAGAGAAACGCCGAGUCCGACUCAUUGCCCGAAUUCGACAUGACGGCGAUGAAGACGAGAUCGAAAAGUCCAACAUUGCCACCGGAGCUUAUUCGUUCUCAACCGACGCUUACGAUGGACCACUCGAUGAGAUCAAUCGUCAGGACGAACUUGCCGAAUCACCGAUCACCGAUCAUGCCGCUGUCUACCAUCAUGGCAGAUCGUGGAUCAAGGAUGAACCAGUUGCUCCAUCACCAAAGGAGAAGCGGGCCAUCAUCCAUGUCAAGUCGCCCAAGAAGACCAAGGUCGUCGAGCCAGAGGAACCAGAGACCAAGGAAGUUCGACUCAUCGCCCGCGUCAAGCCAGAUGAGCCAGAGCCUGAACCAGCUGUUGAGAAGACUCCGAAGAAGAAGGAGACGACCAAGUUCGGAUUCUUCAAGUCUAAGACCACCAAGACCACGGAGACUUCGACUUACCCAGUUGUUCACGAAGCCUACACUGGUCCACUCGACACCACCGAUCGAUCACAAGAUCUUGAGAACAUCCCACUCGAACACCGUUCCUCGAUUCCAGCCUACGUUCCGAAGGAAUACGAGAUCUAUCAGAAGGCUGAACCGAUUGUCCACGAAGAGAAACGCCGAGUCCGACUCAUUGCCCGAAUUCGACAUGACGGCGAUGAAGACGAGAUCGAAAAGUCCAACAUUGCCACCGGAGCUUAUUCGUUCUCAACCGACGCUUACGAUGGACCACUCGAUGAGAUCAAUCGUCAGGACGAACUUGCCGAAUCACCGAUCACCGAUCAUGCCGCUGUCUACCAUCAUGGCAGAUCGUGGAUCAAGGAUGAACCAGUUGCUCCAUCACCAAAGGAGAAGCGGGCCAUCAUCCAUGUCAAGUCGCCCAAGAAGACCAAGGUCGUCGAGCCAGAGGAACCAGAGACCAAGGAAGUUCGACUCAUCGCCCGCGUCAAGUCAGAUGAGCCAGAGCUUGAACCAGCUGUUGAGAAGACUCCGAAGAAGAAGGAGACGAGUAAGUUCGGAUUCUUCAAGUCUAAGAUCACCAAGAACACGGAGACUUCGACUUACCCAGUUGUUCACGAAGCCUACACUGGUCCACUCGACACCACCGAUCGAUCACAAGAUCUUGAGAACAUCCCACUCGAACACCGUUCCUCGAUUCCAGCCUACGUUCCGAAGGAAUACGAGAUCUAUCAGAAGGCUGAACCGAUUGUCCACGAAGAGAAACGCCGAGUCCGACUCAUUGCCCGAAUUCGACAUGACGGCGAUGAAGACGAGAUCGAAAAGUCCAACAUUGCCACCGGAGCUUAUUCGUUCUCAACCGACGCUUACGAUGGACCACUCGAUGAAAUCAAUCGUCAGGACGAACUUGCCGAAUCACCGAUCACCGAUCAUGCCGCUGUCUACCAUCAUGGCAGAUCGUGGAUCAAGGAUGAACCAGUUGCUCCAUCACCAAAGGAGAAGCGGGCCAUCAUCCAUGUCAAGUCGCCCAAGAAGACCAAGGUCGUCGAGCCAGAAGAACCAGAGACCAAGGAAGUUCGACUCAUCGCCCGCGUCAAGCCAGAUGAGCCAGAGCCUGAACCAGCUGUUGAGAAGACUCCGAAGAAGAAGGAGACGAGUAAGUUCGGAUUCUUCAAGUCUAAGACCACCAAGACCACGAAGACUUCGACUUACCCAGUUGUUCACGAAGCCUACACUGGUCCACUCGACACCACCGAUCGAUCACAAGAUCUCGAGAACAUCCCACUCGAACACCGUUCCUCGAUUCCAGCCUACGUUCCGAAGGAAUACGAGAUCUAUCAGAAGGCUGAACCGAUUGUCCACGAAGAGAAACGCCGAGUCCGACUCAUUGCCCGAAUUCGACAUGACGGCGAUGAAGACGAGAUCGAAAAGUCCAACAUUGCCACCGGAGCUUAUUCGUUCUCAACCGACGCUUACGAUGGACCACUCGAUGAGAUCAAUCGUCAGGACGAACUUGCCGAAUCACCGAUCACCGAUCAUGCCGCUGUCUACCAUCAUGGCAGAUCGUGGAUCAAGGAUGAACCAGUUGCUCCAUCACCAAAGGAGAAGCGGGCCAUCAUCCAUGUCAAGUCGCCCAAGAAGACCAAGGUCGUCGAGCCAGAGGAACCAGAGACCAAGGAAGUUCGACUCAUCGCCCGCGUCAAGCCAGAUGAGCCAGAGCCUGAACCAGCUGUUGAGAAGACUCCGAAGAAGAAGGAGACGAGUAAGUUCGGAUUCUUCAAGUCUAAGACCACCAAGACCACGGAGACUUCGACUUACCCAGUUGUUCACGAAGCCUACACUGGUCCACUCGACACCACCGAUCGAUCACAAGAUCUUGAGAACAUCCCACUCGAACACCGUUCCUCGAUUCCAGCCUACGUUCCGAAGGAAUACGAGAUCUAUCAGAAGGCUGAACCGAUUGUCCACGAAGAGAAACGCCGAGUCCGACUCAUUGCCCGAAUUCGACAUGACGGCGAUGAAGACGAGAUCGAAAAGUCCAACAUUGCCACCGGAGCUUAUUCGUUCUCAACCGACGCUUACGAUGGACCACUCGAUGAGAUCAAUCGUCAGGACGAACUUGCCGAAUCACCGAUCACCGAUCAUGCCGCUGUCUACCAUCAUGGCAGAUCGUGGAUCAAGGAUGAACCAGUUGCUCCAUCACCAAAGGAGAAGCGGGCCAUCAUCCAUGUCAAGUCGCCCAAGAAGACCAAGGUCGUCGAGCCAGAGGAACCAGAGACCAAGGAAGUUCGACUCAUCGCCCGCGUCAAGCCAGAUGAGCCAGAGCUUGAACCAGCUGUUGAGAAGACUCCGAAGAAGAAGGAGACGACCAAGUUCGGAUUCUUCAAGUCUAAGACCACCAAGACCACGGAGACUUCGACUUACCCAGUUGUUCACGAAGCCUACACUGGUCCACUCGACACCACCGAUCGAUCACAAGAUCUCGAGAACAUCCCACUCGAACACCGUUCCUCGAUUCCAGCCUACGUUCCGAAGGAAUACGAGAUCUAUCAGAAGGCUGAACCGAUUGUCCACGAAGAGAAACGCCGAGUCCGACUCAUUGCCCGAAUUCGACAUGACGGCGAUGAAGACGAGAUCGAAAAGUCCAACAUUGCCACCGGAGCUUAUUCGUUCUCAACCGACGCUUACGAUGGACCACUCGAUGAGAUCAAUCGUCAGGACGAACUUGCCGAAUCACCGAUCACCGAUCAUGCCGCUGUCUACCAUCAUGGCAGAUCGUGGAUCAAGGAUGAACCAGUUGCUCCAUCACCAAAGGAGAAGCGGGCCAUCAUCCAUGUCAAGUCGCCCAAGAAGACCAAGGUCGUCGAGCCAGAGGAACCAGAGACCAAGGAAGUUCGACUCAUCGCCCGCGUCAAGCCAGAUGAGCCAGAGCCUGAACCAGCUGUUGAGAAGACUCCGAAGAAGAAGGAGACGACCAAGUUCGGAUUCUUCAAGUCUAAGACCACCAAGACCACGGAGACUUCGACUUACCCAGUUGUUCACGAAGCCUACACUGGUCCACUCGACACCACCGAUCGAUCACAAGAUCUCGAGAACAUCCCACUCGAACACCGUUCCUCGAUUCCAGCCUACGUUCCGAAGGAAUACGAGAUCUAUCAGAAGGCUGAACCGAUUGUCCACGAAGAGAAACGCCGAGUCCGACUCAUUGCCCGAAUUCGACAUGACGGCGAUGAAGACGAGAUCGAAAAGUCCAACAUUGCCACCGGAGCUUAUUCGUUCUCAACCGACGCUUACGAUGGACCACUCGAUGAGAUCAAUCGUCAGGACGAACUUGCCGAAUCACCGAUCACCGAUCAUGCCGCUGUCUACCAUCAUGGCAGAUCGUGGAUCAAGGAUGAACCAGUUGCUCCUUCACCAAAAGAGAAGCGGGCGGUCAUCCACGUCAAGUCGCCCAAGAAGACCAAGGUCGUCGAGCCAGAAGAACCAGAGACCAAGGAAGUUCGACUCAUCGCCCGCGUCAAGCCAGAUGAGCCAGAGCCUGAACCAGCUGUUGAGAAGACUCCGAAGAAGAAGGAGACGAGUAAGUUCGGAUUCUUCAAGUCUAAGACCACCAAGACCACGGAGACUUCGACUUACCCAGUUGUUCACGAAGCCUACACUGGUCCACUCGACACCACCGAUCGAUCACAAGAUCUCGAGAACAUCCCACUCGAACACCGUUCCUCGAUUCCAGCCUACGUUCCGAAGGAAUACGAGAUCUAUCAGAAGGCUGAACCGAUUGUCCACGAAGAGAAACGCCGAGUCCGACUCAUUGCCCGAAUUCGACAUGACGGCGAUGAAGACGAGAUCGAAAAGUCCAACAUUGCCACCGGAGCUUAUUCGUUCUCAACCGACGCUUACGAUGGACCACUCGAUGAGAUCAAUCGUCAGGAAGAACUUGCCGAAUCACCGAUCACCGAUCAUGCCGCUGUCUACCAUCAUGGCAGAUCGUGGAUCAAGGAUGAACCAGUUGCUCCUUCUCCAAAAGAAAAGAAGACGGUCAUCCACGUCAAGUCGCCCAAGAAGACCAAGGUCGUCGAGCCAGAAGAACCAGAGACCAAGGAAGUUCGACUCAUCGCCCGCGUCAAGCCAGAUGAGCCAGAGCCUGAACCAGCUGUUGAGAAGACUCCGAAGAAGAAGGAGACGACCAAGUUCGGAUUCUUCAAGUCUAAGACCACCAAGACCACGGAGACUUUGACUUACCCAGUUGUUCACGAAGCCUACACUGGUCCACUCGACACCACCGAUCGAUCACAAGAUCUCGAGAACAUCCCACUCGAACACCGUUCCUCGAUUCCAGCCUACGUUCCGAAGGAAUACGAGAUCUAUCAGAAGGCUGAACCGAUUGUCCACGAAGAGAAACGCCGAGUCCGACUCAUUGCCCGAAUUCGACAUGACGGCGAUGAAGACGAGAUCGAAAAGUCCAACAUUGCCACCGGAGCUUAUUCGUUCUCAACCGACGCUUACGAUGGACCACUCGAUGAGAUCAAUCGUCAGGACGAACUUGCCGAAUCACCGAUCACCGAUCAUGCCGCUGUCUACCAUCAUGGCAGAUCGUGGAUCAAGGAUGAACCAGUUGCUCCAUCACCAAAGGAGAAGCGGGCCAUCAUCCAUGUCAAGUCGCCCAAGAAGACCAAGGUCGUCGAGCCAGAGGAACCAGAGACCAAGGAAGUUCGACUCAUCGCCCGCGUCAAGCCAGAUGAGCCAGAGCCUGAACCAGCUGUUGAGAAGACUCCGAAGAAGAAGGAGACGACCAAGUUCGGAUUCUUCAAGUCUAAGACCACCAAGACCACGGAGACUUCGACUUACCCAGUUGUUCACGAAGCCUACACUGGUCCACUCGACACCACCGAUCGAUCACAAGAUCUCGAGAACAUCCCACUCGAACACCGUUCCUCGAUUCCAGCCUACGUUCCGAAGGAAUACGAGAUCUAUCAGAAGGCUGAACCGAUUGUCCACGAAGAGAAACGCCGAGUCCGACUCAUUGCCCGAAUUCGACAUGACGGCGAUGAAGACGAGAUCGAAAAGUCCAACAUUGCCACCGGAGCUUAUUCGUUCUCAACCGACGCUUACGAUGGACCACUCGAUGAGAUCAAUCGUCAGGACGAACUUGCCGAAUCACCGAUCACCGAUCAUGCCGCUGUCUACCAUCUUGGCAGAUCGUGGAUCAAGGAUGAACCAGUUGCUCCAUCACCAAAGGAGAAGCGGGCCAUCAUCCAUGUCAAGUCGCCCAAGAAGACCAAGGUCGUCGAGCCAGAGGAACCAGAGACCAAGGAAGUUCGACUCAUCGCCCGCGUCAAGCCAGAUGAGCCAGAGCCUGAACCAGCUGUUGAGAAGACUCCGAAGAAGAAGGAGACGACCAAGUUCGGAUUCUUCAAGUCUAAGACCACCAAGACCACGGAGACUUCGACUUACCCAGUUGUUCACGAAGCCUACACUGGUCCACUCGACACCACCGAUCGAUCACAAGAUCUUGAGAACAUCCCACUCGAACACCGUUCCUCGAUUCCAGCCUACGUUCCGAAGGAAUACGAGAUCUAUCAGAAGGCUGAACCGAUUGUCCACGAAGAGAAACGCCGAGUCCGACUCAUUGCCCGAAUUCGACAUGACGGCGAUGAAGACGAGAUCGAAAAGUCCAACAUUGCCACCGGAGCUUAUUCGUUCUCAACCGACGCUUACGAUGGACCACUCGAUGAGAUCAAUCGUCAGGAAGAACUUGCCGAAUCACCGAUCACCGAUCAUGCCGCUGUCUACCAUCAUGGCAGAUCGUGGAUCAAGGAUGAACCAGUUGCUCCUUCUCCAAAAGAAAAGAAGACGGUCAUCCACGUCAAGUCGCCCAAGAAGACCAAGGUCGUCGAGCCAGAAGAACCAGAGACCAAGGAAGUUCGACUCAUCGCCCGCGUCAAGCCAGAUGAGCCAGAGCCUGAACCAGCUGUUGAGAAGACUCCGAAGAAGAAGGAGACGAGUAAGUUCGGAUUCUUCAAGUCUAAGAUCACCAAGACCACGGAGACUUCGACUUACCCAGUUGUUCACGAAGCCUACACUGGUCCACUCGACACCACCGAUCGAUCACAAGAUCUUGAGAACAUCCCACUCGAACACCGUUCCUCGAUUCCAGCCUACGUUCCGAAGGAAUACGAGAUCUAUCAGAAGGCUGAACCGAUUGUCCACGAAGAGAAACGCCGAGUCCGACUCAUUGCCCGAAUUCGACAUGACGGCGAUGAAGACGAGAUCGAAAAGUCCAACAUUGCCACCGGAGCUUAUUCGUUCUCAACCGACGCUUACGAUGGACCACUCGAUGAGAUCAAUCGUCAGGAAGAACUUGCCGAAUCACCGAUCACCGAUCAUGCCGCUGUCUACCAUCAUGGCAGAUCGUGGAUCAAGGAUGAACCAGUUGCUCCUUCUCCAAAAGAAAAGAAGACGGUCAUCCACGUCAAGUCGCCCAAGAAGACAAAGGUCGUCGAGCCAGAAGAACCAGAGACCAAGGAAGUUCGACUCAUCGCCCGCGUCAAGCCAGAUGAGCCAGAGCCUGAACCAGCUGUUGAGAAGACUCCGAAGAAGAAGGAGACGACCAAGUUCGGAUUCUUCAAGUCUAAGACCACCAAGACCACGGAGACUUUGACUUACCCAGUUGUUCACGAAGCCUACACUGGUCCACUCGACACCACCGAUCGAUCACAAGAUCUCGAGAACAUCCCACUCGAACACCGUUCCUCGAUUCCAGCCUACGUUCCGAAGGAAUACGAGAUCUAUCAGAAGGCUGAACCGAUUGUCCACGAAGAGAAACGCCGAGUCCGACUCAUUGCCCGAAUUCGACAUGACGGCGAUGAAGACGAGAUCGAAAAGUCCAACAUUGCCACCGGAGCUUAUUCGUUCUCAACCGACGCUUACGAUGGACCACUCGAUGAGAUCAAUCGUCAGGACGAACUUGCCGAAUCACCGAUCACCGAUCAUGCCGCUGUCUACCAUCAUGGCAGAUCGUGGAUCAAGGAUGAACCAGUUGCUCCAUCACCAAAGGAGAAGCGGGCCAUCAUCCAUGUCAAGUCGCCCAAGAAGACCAAGGUCGUCGAGCCAGAGGAACCAGAGACCAAGGAAGUUCGACUCAUCGCCCGCGUCAAGCCAGAUGAGCCAGAGCCUGAACCAGCUGUUGAGAAGACUCCGAAGAAAAAGGAGACGACCAAGUUCGGAUUCUUCAAGUCUAAGACCACCAAGACCACGGAGACUUCGACUUACCCAGUUGUUCACGAAGCCUACACUGGUCCACUCGACACCACCGAUCGAUCACAAGAUCUCGAGAACAUCCCACUCGAACACCGUUCCUCGAUUCCAGCCUACGUUCCGAAGGAAUACGAGAUCUAUCAGAAGGCUGAACCGAUUGUCCACGAAGAGAAACGCCGAGUCCGACUCAUUGCCCGAAUUCGACAUGACGGCGAUGAAGACGAGAUCGAAAAGUCCAACAUUGCCACCGGAGCUUAUUCGUUCUCAACCGACGCUUACGAUGGACCACUCGAUGAGAUCAAUCGUCAGGACGAACUUGCCGAAUCACCGAUCACCGAUCAUGCCGCUGUCUACCAUCUUGGCAGAUCGUGGAUCAAGGAUGAACCAGUUGCUCCAUCACCAAAGGAGAAGCGGGCCAUCAUCCAUGUCAAGUCGCCCAAGAAGACCAAGGUCGUCGAGCCAGAGGAACCAGAGACCAAGGAAGUUCGACUCAUCGCCCGCGUCAAGCCAGAUGAGCCAGAGCCUGAACCAGCUGUUGAGAAGACUCCGAAGAAGAAGGAGACGAGUAAGUUCGGAUUCUUCAAGUCUAAGACCACCAAGACCACGGAGACUUCGACUUACCCAGUUGUUCACGAAGCCUACACUGGUCCACUCGACACCACCGAUCGAUCACAAGAUCUCGAGAACAUCCCACUCGAACACCGUUCCUCGAUUCCAGCCUACGUUCCGAAGGAAUACGAGAUCUAUCAGAAGGCUGAACCGAUUGUCCACGAAGAGAAACGCCGAGUCCGACUCAUUGCCCGAAUUCGACAUGACGGCGAUGAAGACGAGAUCGAAAAGUCCAACAUUGCCACCGGAGCUUAUUCGUUCUCAACCGACGCUUACGAUGGACCACUCGAUGAAAUCAAUCGUCAGGACGAACUUGCCGAAUCACCGAUCACCGAUCAUGCCGCUGUCUACCAUCAUGGCAGAUCGUGGAUCAAGGAUGAGCCGGACAUUGCACAAAGAGAUGUUUCGAAGGAGAGAACUUUCCGUCUUGUUGCUCAUGUUAAACCAGAAGAAAAGCCCGAUGAUGACAUUUCAAGCAAAUCGCGACGAAAAGAUCCUUCUGUAUUCGGAUUGGGUCUGUUUAAAUCUCGGAAAUCUGCUGAACCUGAAUCGUCUCCGGAUGGAGAAACCUAUCAUGGUCCUGUUGAAUCAACAUCACCAAUUAGAGAUCUUGAAAACAUUCCAUUAGAUCAGGAUGCAACGAUAACAGCAUCGAGGGAGAGCUCUGUCACUGGACGAAUUCGGAGAAUUCCAUUAUUCUCGAGAAACCGACAUGAGGGACUUGAAGAUCAGGUGGAAAAAUCUCAAAUAUCGAUUCGCGGCUACAGUUUUCCUUCGGACAAGUUUGACGGCGAAUUGAACGAGUUAGCACCAAACGACGAAUUGAUUGAUGCUCCGAUAACCGACUUUGCGAAUGUCUAUCAUCACGGAAGUUCGUGGAUCAAGGAUGAGGCCAAUGCUAAGAAGAAGUUGAAAACUCCCGUAGAAGGAGAUCGUCAUGAUGUUCGAUUGAUUGCGCGUGUUCUUCCAAUGAAAUCGGUGAAAUCGGAUGAUUCGAAGAAGGAAAGCAAGUCGCGUGGGCGUUCAUUCUGGAAAUCAUCGCCAACUGAGACACACCCGCGAAGCGAUCGAUUCGGCGGCGAGCUCGACACGAUUCGUCGAAGCGACGAGCUCGAAGCGCGCAAUCUUACCGAUCACAUUGGACCAUCGACAUCAGCCGCACACCAGCGUUCUCUAAUCGUCGAGAACACGGUACGCUUCAUUCCAUCGUCGCUUCAGUACGAGCCGCGCGCGGCGCGCAUCGAAGGCUUCACCGACGACGGCCAAAACUAUGUGGAAGUGCGAAUGGAGCGUCGCACCGAGAUUCUCCUCGAGCCCGCGUAUUUCAUUCGCGACAUCGGCUCGACGCAAAACCACGCCUACAUCUCGAGCGCCUCGACGAUUUUCGGGGCGGGGCAUACGCACGUUGGCGCGCUCUCCGAGGAUGAGAGCGGUCUUUGCUUCUCUUCAACUCCGCCGCAAAUGUCGCCGCCCGAACGUGGAUUCCUCGCGAGACUCGGCUUCAAGCGCGACAAGAGCAAGAAGAAGGCGUCGAAGAAAGGCAAGAAGGAGAAUGAUUCGAGCGAGACGUCGGAUAGUGAGCACGACGAGAAGCGCGAGUUUGCGGUUGUCGAGUUCGAGCAGGACAAGGUGAGUAGCGCAACGACGCCGAGGCGACGCACCGCGGCGACGGUGACGGCGGCGCCGGACGCGCUCAACGAGGUCGAGAUGUCGAUAAGCGGACGCGAGCCGUCGGAGAUACCGAACACGCGUGUGGUUCGCAAAGAGACGCGCGAAAUGGCAUACCGCCUACGCGGACGCGGUCCGUCGUCGGGAUUCGAUCCGAACGAGCCGUCACUAAUGGCGACGAUUCAACGUGCCGAACGUCUGAACGCGAGCUCGCCGCGGUUGGAACACGCCGAGCGCACUUUCACUGUGCGCGCCAACGCGCCAAUUCCGGUCUCCAUCGAGGAGAGCGGCCAACCGUACACAACAGUAUCGAGAUGGCAAGAGACUAGCGAUCUGCCGGAGCAGGUCGAGGUGAUCACCGAUGAGAACGGACGGCAAGUGACGCGAACGAUCAAAUCGUCGCAGGUGAAGCACACGGUGCAGACCCAAUCGUUCCAGAACUACAUUGUUGAUGAUGAGCAGGUGCCGGUUGGCGUUGUGCAUGUCGAGCGCAGUCGCGAGCAAUUGACGCCGCUCAAGCAGCAAGGGUCUUCGUCGGGCGAUGGUUUGGGCGUUGUGGAGACGCAGACGAGAACGAUGAGCUAUGAGGCGAAUAAUGACGGACACGAGCGCCAACUUCCAGCAUGGGUUAAUGAGGGACUUGGCGAGUAUGUCUCAUCGAAGAGCGUGACGCAAGGCAAUCGGACGAUCGAGACGAUCACGUACAAGACGGAGAAGGAUGGCAUCAUUGAGACGCACGUCGAGCAUCGCGUCACAAUUCACUCGGACGGCGACAUUGAUCAUGACGCGGAGCUGAGCCAGGCGAUUCUCGAAGCCACUCAAAUGAAUCCCGAUAUGGUCGUCGAGAAGAUUGAGGUUCGACAAGAGCAGACCCAGUGA